AUGGUCAACGCUGACGAUGGACCAAUAGUACAUGGAUAUUUCCCGGCACUGCUGGGCGGAGCUGUGGCAGGCACUUCCGUGGACAUUGCGCUUUUCCCACUCGACACCAUUAAGACGCGGCUACAAUCUGCUCACGGUUUUCUCAAAGCUGGUGGUUUUCGAGGCAUUUACUCGGGGCUCUCUGCUGCUGCUGCUGGAUCUGCUCCUGGAGGAGCGCUCUUUUUUAGCACUUAUGAGACUUCCAAGUCCCUCUUCAGCGUAAUUACUCCAGAUCAAAAGAAUUCUCCGCUUGUUCAUAUGGUCGCUGCUGCAUUGGGUGAAAUGGCGGCAUGUUUGGUGCGCACUCCGACCGAAGUUGUAAAACAAAAAAUGCAGACUGGCAUAUAUGGAUCGCUUCCGAGGGCACUAAACGUCAUUUGUGCAGCUGACGGUGUCGCAGGGUUUUACAGAGGCUACUGGAGUAUGAUUGCGCGAGAAAUUCCAUUUUCUUUCAUCCAGUUUCCACUUUGGGAGGGUUUAAAGUACCAGUGGUCAAAAAGGCAAAACACCACUGUAUCUUCACUGCAGGGUGCGGUCUGUGGAUCAAUUGCUGGUGAUGCCAAGGGCGUUCCAUACAAUGGUAUGCUCAAUACCCUGUCGCGUGUGCAUACAGAUGAAGGCUUGAAGCGCUUAUUCUCGGGCGUCGGUCCCCGCACUAUGUGGAUUAGCAUCGGUGGUUUCGUCUUCUUCGGCAUGUAUGAAAAGGUCACUUCAACAUUUGCCGGGUUUCCAUAA